GAGGAGGUUGCAAUAAGACCAGUAGGGGAGUUCGUGGAGGGAGACUUUCUGGAAUGUGGGGGCCGCCCCAUCCCUAGAAAUGACGUGUCUCCGCCGGGCUGGGGAUUGGAGGUGAAAGGGGGAACGCGGGGUACCUGUAACAGCCUAACCCCUGUAAGGAUAUCCAAGAAUAUGCGGCUUUCAGCUCUUUCUGGGGAGAAUGAAGGAGAAGAAGUGACAUGCCCUACUCCCAGAUCUGUUGAACAUGCAGAUAUUCAGGUCAAGAGUCACAGCGUGAAAUCCAGGGAGCGGUAUGUUUGUAAUUCAGGCUUCAAACGUCAAGCUGGGACAUCCAACCUUAUUCAGUGUAUACUUGACCAGAACUCGAACACUGCCCACUGGACAGAGCCCAGUCUGAAAUGCAUCAGAGAUCCCGCCCUGGUUCGCCAAAAGCCAACUUCCUCAACAACAGAGGAACUUCUCACCCCUACUGGCAAAGGCUUCACUGUAGAACCAGAAGCUUCCAAGUCAGACACCACAGUGGCAACAGAGACAGUCAUGGUGUCAACCUCUAUCUCCCUUUCAUCAUCCAUAUACACAGCAUCUCCAGCAUUAGCAGGUACGGUCUUGAAGCCAGUCUCCAAGGACAUAUCAUCAGAACCACCUUCUGCAACAGUCACAAUAACAACCCGAAACUGGUCCUUCACAGCCCUGGCUCAAACAACAGCACAGACCAUGGAGCAAUCCUCCCCCACUACCCAUGGGAUAAUACCAGAUGCACAAUAUAAUGUUAUCCUACCUGUUUCUGUGGUUGUUUCCAUAAGUAUCCCGGUAGCUCUUUUGGCAUUAUAUGUGUUCUGCUUCAGAAGAAGGGAUCCAGUCCCAGAACACCAUGUUGAGAUCGAAGAGAUGCCAAUGAGAGGAGGGACUGACAGCCAGAGAAGAUGGCGUAGACAGCUAACUACAGAACCUAUAUAGCAAAAAUAGAAAGACAAAUUCCUUUUAUCCAUUGCUCUUAUGUAGCAAGAUCUGGGGUAAAGAAGCCACAUUUACCUUAGUAGCUUUCUUUGGCUUAAACAAACAGGAAGAAACAAGCCAGAAUGAAAAAUCUAAGCACUGCAGGUGAGGAGGGAUUCACAGCUCUUAACUUUAAGCAUCUAUUGAGUACCCUAACAACAGGAUGAAAUUUGACUGGAAAAGUUUCUCCCUGGGUACACAGGUGAACUUAUAAAAGGCAGGGCACUUAAGAAGUACUUUGUGAGGAACAGCUAGAUGUCGCAGUGGAUAGAGCACCAGCCCCGAAGUCAGGAGGACUUGCGUUCAAAUCUGGACUCAGACUAAAUACUUGACACUAGCUAUGUGACCCUGAGCAAGUCACUUAAUUCCAAUUGCCUAAAAAUUUUUUUAAAAAAACUACAUUGUAGGAAAGUUUGCCAGGCAAAAGCUCAACUCUCCAGAUCCUUAUUAGUAGGUACUUACAUCAUUUGGUUGUGUCUAGAGAUCAAAAGGAACCCAAGUAUUUCCCCCCCCAAAAAAAAUCUAACUUCCAAAUGACAAAGACAACAUAUACCUAUGACAGUAAUUACCUGUAAGUCUUCCCCAUGAAAUGUCUGGUUAAAAGAUUUGUGAUUCUUGAAUGAAUAGCAUGAGCAUUUCAAUGCCUAAAAAACAUAUCUCCAGCUAGAUUGCUUCCCUUAAAAUGCACUAUAAGGGAGUCACUGAUCAGGCAGAAGAGAAAUGUGCAAAUUUAGGCAUAAAUGAAUCCUUUUGACUGAUGACUUUGGGAUCAGGGGUUCAAAAUAGAUGAUAUACUUAUUUUAUAUGUGUAUAUGUCCAAUUUAUAUACUUAUUUGAAUAUGUAAUAUGAUGUAAGAGAAAAUAAAAAUUAUAUUUAAAUUUUUUAAUAUAAAAGUGAGCAGAAUAAUGUUUAAGGAUUAAAAAUUAUAUUAUAGGUGAAGGAAGGAAAAAAAUGAAGAGAGUAUAAGCUUUCUGUACUUUGUUGUUGUAAUAUGGGAAAAGAGAAGUGGGAUUGGAGAGAACCUGAGGGUUCCUCCUCCACACUGGCAUUCCUCUCUGGUGGCUCUUUACAGCACUGCUUUUUUUCUGGAAAUAUUGGAGCAAGACCCUAUGAAUUACCAUUGGUCCUAGCAAUGUUAUUUGACACCCACAAGGACUUACACACUUCCCAUUUCUAUACUAUUCAUUUCUCUCUCCUUAUCUGGUUGUCCAGGGUUCCCAACUGGUACCUCCUCCGUGUCCAUUGUUCUUAAGCUACUCCUACCUCCUCAUCAAAAUUUCCAUCACCUCCCUAUCAAUCUUAGCUAGCUAUCAUGGAAGAACAUAGAUAAAGCCAAUUAAGUGUUAA